UCUGGAUGCACGGAAACAUUUUCGGAUUAAUUUUCCCAAACAAAGUGCCAUGUGUCUUAAGCCUCUGCCGAAUAAUACCAUGAUAGGCAGCGUGGAAUCUGGGAAGAACAACUUCACCCUCCACAAUGAUAGUCUGGACAUCGCUGUGUCCAACUCAUCCUUGAAGUUCCCAACUCUCAGCAUUUCAGGUAUCAUCAGAGUGGCAAUCACCUUCACCCUUUUCAUCCUCUCUAUUGCAAUGAAUGGGAUUUUUUUGCUGAAGCUAUCCAGGCAACACAAGAAGAAGGCAUCACGUCUGAAGCUGCUGCUCGAUAAUCUCAUGGUAGCUAACUUGGUGGAGACUAUAAUCGUGAUGCCGAUGGAUGGUAUAUGGAACAUUAUGGUGCAAUGGUAUGGUGGGCAGUUUCUUUGCAAGGUCCUCAAUUUCCUCAAGCUCUUCUCCAUGUACUCUCCCGCCUUCAUGGUAGUGGUAAUCAGCAUUGAUCGCUGCCUGGCUGUUACAAAGCCCUUGAAAAGUGCAACACAAAGUACUCAAAUUAGGAAAUAUAUGAUUUACACAGCCUGGCUCUUCAGCUUUGUCCUGGCUUUACCUCAGUUGUGGCUAUUCCGAAUGAUUCACUAUUCCGAACCCUAUGCUUUCUCACAAUGCAACACUCUUAGAAGUUUUUACAACCAGUGGGACCAGACUAUUUACAAUUUCUUCACUUUCGGAUUUCUCUUUGUCAUUCCUCUCUUCAUCAUGCUAUUCUGCAAUUUCAAGAUCAUCUUCAAAAUGAUGAAGAUUCUGCGUCACAAUGUUAAUGAGAUAAGUCUAAACCGAUCAAAGAACAUUAUCCCACAAGCUCGCAUGAAGACCUUGAAGAUGACCAUUGCGUUUGUCACAUCUUUCAUCAUCUGCUGGACUCCAUACUACCUGAUAGGAAUCUGGUACUGGAUUGAUCCUGAUUUGCACAAUAGAUUGCCUGAACCUAUGAAUCAUUUCUUCUUUGUUUUUGGGUUACUGAAUCCCUGCUUUGAUCCUCUUAUUUAUGGGUAUUUUUCUCUUUAGUCAGUUACUGCAAUGCAAUGUGUUUUCUAUUUCCAAUGCUAUGUUUUGAUUGCUGACUUCAUAUCCUGUUGCUCUCGGUGUAAUUCAUAUUGGAACAUUCCUAAAACAUUUGUAACCCAAGGAUUAGAUUUCCUCAAGGAAAGAAAUCCCUUUUGGAUUAUUCAUUAUUCAGAUAACCAGCACAAGGGACACAAGGAUCUUGUUGCAUCAGUCUAAUAUCUCUCUAAACAACAUACUGGCAAAUUCUUGAAUCAAGUCCCAAAAUAAGAUUUAAUAUGUGUUUAAACUAAUGGUGAAAGUUAUUGUAAAGGAAACAAAGCAUCCAGAAAUAUAGGGCAGCAGAGUACAGUGCGGUGUAAUUGACUAUC